AUGGCCCGUCCCAAGUCCAUUCGCGCGCCCACCACCGCCAGUCUUCCUAGCAACCUCCGCCUCCCCUCCUCCACCCCGUCGCUAGUCAAAUCCUUUGGGAAGCUCACCCGGCAGGCCCUGCUGGAUCUCGCGUUCCAAUGGCUCGAUGAUCGCAAUGUCCAGUCCUUCCCGCCGUACCUCCAAGAGAACGAAGACCAGAAAGAGGACGAGGACGAGGGACUCAGCCCCUACCCGGCCGAGCGCACCAUCAACGAUGUCCGAAACGCCUACCAGGAGCUGCAAUUGCGCAAAGGCGGCAAGCGCGAAGUCAUCGAUCGCAUCCUCGAAGGCGACUGGCGACACGGAAUCACCUUGCGCCAGCUGGCCAUGGUCGAUCUCCGCUACAUCGACGACCACCCCGCAAGUCUGCGAUGGACAGCGCUGGAGCUCGCGCGCAUCGGCGCCCAACAAUAUCCCCCGGAUUCCUCCGCCGACAUGACCGCAUGUCUCCCGCGCCUCCAUGCCUCGACCUUCCUGAACAGCCUCCAGCAACAGAUCGCCCCGUUAGUGAAAGCGCACUACUAUCUCGGCCGCUCGACCUCCCUCCCGCUCACCUUCCUCCGCAUCUUCGUCACCAACUCCCCUUACCAACACCCGCGCCAGGCCGCCGACUCCCUCACCGACGCAUCCCGAGUCAUCUACAUCGCCUUCCCGGAUAGCUGCCCCUUUAUCUACACGUCCAUCGCCUCAACGACCGGCUCCAAAGCCAGCACAACCGCGACCCCCCACCCCGUCGCAACAGACCCGCGCAGUCUGCAGCGUCUCGUCCGAGACGCCAUCCCCAAAGCCCUUUCCCUCCCUCACCAGCGCUACACCCUCAAAGCCACCUCUCUGACCGCCAAGAGCCUCCAGGCUCUCCUGGCCCUCCGCGGCCCCGGCCGAUCCAACCAAUCCAAUGGCGCCUUCAGCAUAUUCGCCGACGCCGCACUCGAAGGCAGCCCCCUGGACCCGCGUCCAUCCAACACCGUCUCCCCAGAAGAGCACAUGAACCAGCAAUUCCACCAACAAAAGACCACAGAACCAUCCGAACCAACAGACUCCACGGACGAAAAGAAACUCUCCAAACGCCCAAACCCCCACACAGACCCCCGCGAAGAUCCACACGUCUCCAAAAAGCGCUCCCUCGCCGUUCAAUCCCGCUUCGGCACCUCCGGCUCCUUAUCCUCUGCUCCUCUCGACCGUCUCGACGUCCGACUCCUCGAUCCCCCAACCCCCACAUCAAACCCCGCCUCCAGGCAAACACCAACCCAAACCCAAACACAAACAACCCCAUCCCUAUCCCUCACCUUCACCGGCACAGACAUAAUCUCGGGGAUCCGCAAACUCGCCGAGCUAGGCGUCGUCGACGCGAAACGGAUGCCGUCCUGGAUGACGGGCGAAGAAGCGGUUAGUGUGGCCGUGGUGCGACAGGGCAGUCGGGUCGUCAAGGACAGUGGAUGA